AUGAAAAGUCCGGAGAAGGGCCACAGGAUAUAUCCAGGGAGAUGUUACAAGGAAAGUGCGGAGAAGGGCAACAGUUUAUAUCCAGGGAGAGGUUACAUAAAAAGUCCGGAGAAGGGCCACAGUUUAUAUCCAGGGAGAGGUUACAAGGAAAGUCCGGAGAAGGGCAACAGUUUAUAUCCAGGGAGAGGCUACAUGAAAAGUCCGGAGAAGGGCAACAGUUUAUAUCCAGGGAGAGGUUACAUGAAAAGUCCGGAGAAGGGCCACAGUUUAUAUCCAGGGAGAGGUUACAAGGAAAGUCCGGAGAAGGGCAACAGUUUAUAUCCAGGGAGAGGUUACAUGAAAAGUGCGGAGAAGGGCAACAGUUUAUAUCCAGGGAGAGGUUACAUGAAAAGUCCGGAGAAGGGCAACAGUUUAUAUCCAGGGAGAGGUUACAUGAAAAGUCCGGAGAAGGGCAACAGUUUAUAUCCAGGGAGAGGUUACAUGAAAAGUGCGGAGAAGGGCAACAGUUUAUAUCCAGGGAGAGGUUACAUGAAAAGUCCGGAGAAGGACCACAGUAUAUAUCCAGGGAGAGGUUACAUGAAAAGUCCGGAGAAGGACCACAGUAUAUAUCCAGGGAGAUGUUACAUGAAAAGUCCGGAGAAGGACCACAGUAUAUAUCCAGGGAGAGGUUACAAGGAAAGUCCGGAGAAGGGCAACAGUUUAUAUCCAGGGAGAGGUUACAUGAAAAGUGCGGAGAAGGGCAACAGUUUAUAUCCAGGGAGAGGUUACAUGAAAAGUCCGGAGAAGGGCAACAGUUUAUAUCCAGGGAGAGGUUACAUGAAAAGUCCGGAGAAGGGCAACAGUUUAUAUCCAGGGAGAGGUUACAUGAAAAGUGCGGAGAAGGGCAACAGUUUAUAUCCAGGGAGAGGUUACAUGAAAAGUCCGGAGAAGGGCAACAGUUUAUAUCCAGGGAGAGGUUACAUGAAAAGUGCGGAGAAGGGCAACAGUUUAUAUCCAGGGAGAGGUUACAUGAAAAGUGCGGAGAAGGGCAACAGUUUAUAUCCAGGGAGAGGUUACAUGAAAAGUCCGGAGAAGGACCACAGUAUAUAUCCAGGGAGAGGUUACAUGAAAAGUCCGGAGAAGGACCACAGUAUAUAUCCAGGGAGAUGUUACAUGAAAAGUCCGGAGAAGGACCACAGUAUAUAUCCAGGGAGAGGUUACAUGAAAAGUCCGGAAAAGGACCACAGUAUAUAUCCGGGAAGAGGCUACAUGAAAAGUCCGGAGAAGGGUCACAGUAUAUAUCCAGGAAGAGGCUACAUGAAAAGUCCGGAAAAGGGCAACAAGAAAUAUCCAGGGAGAUGUUACAAGGAAAGUCCGGAGAAGGGCAACAGGAAAUAUCCAGGGAGAGAUUACAUGAAAAGUCCGUAG